AUGGCUUCUCCCAAGCUUCAAGUUGCCGUCGCAGGCCUCGGUCGCAUGGGCGCUCGUCACGCCUUAAACUUUCACAACCGAACCCCCCGCGCCGAGCUCGUCGCAGCCUUCACUCCGGUGCAAAAAGAAGCCGAGUGGGCAAAGACUAACCUUGAGGGUGUUGUCAUCUACAAUGACUACCAGGAGAUGCUCAAGCAUCCUGGACUCCAGGCUGUUGUCGUCGCCACGGUCACUACUGCUCAUGCGGAGGAGGCUAUCCAAGCCAUUGAAGCUGAUAAGCACGUUCUGUGCGAGAAGCCUUUGAGUACAAGUGUUGAGAUUUCUCAAUCCGUCGUCGAUGCUGCGUCCAAGAAACCUCACCUUAAGGUCAUGUGCGGCUUCUCUCGCCGCUUCGAUGCCUCAUACCGAGAUGCCUUUGAGCGCAUGGACAGUGGUGCCAUUGGCCGUCCCUCUGUCUUCCGAUCACAAACCUGCGAUAAGCUCGACCCCUCUGGCUUCUUCGUCGCCUAUGCCGAGUUCAGCGGCGGUAUCUUCGUCGACUGUAACAUCCACGACAUCGACCUCGCAUUGUGGUACUUUGGCCAAAACUCCAUAGUCAAGUCCGUCGUUGCCACUGGUAUCACCGCUGUUCAGCCCGAGCUGCGAAAGCACAAGGACGUUGAUAAUGGAGUCGGAAUCGUUGAAUUUUGGGGUGGCAAGGUUGCCUACUUCUACUCCUCGCGCAUGAUGGCUGCUGGACAGCACGACAUGACAGAAGUCAUCGGCACCGAAGGCAAACUCGCUAUCAACGCCAACCCUAUCGGUAACCUUGUCGAGAUGCACGAGGCUGCUGGUGUUCGCCGACAGAUUCCCGGCGACUACUACGGUCGCUUUGAGCACGCCUUUGUCACUGAGGCCAACGAGUUUACUGCUGCUGUCCUUGAUAACAACAGGCUGCCAUUCAAGCUUUCUGGCGCCGUCCAGGCUGUCAAGAUUGGCUGUGCGCUACAAGAGUCGCUCAACUCGGGCAAGAAGAUUAACUUUGAUGAGACUGGCCGUCGACUGGAGGAGUCCAAGCUGUAA